AUGGACGGCUUUGGCGUUAACCUGGUUCAGAAAGCCCAGAAUUCAGCUCUCCGGCGAUGGUUCAACAAGCAGAAGUCAACACCAGCUCAGAUCGACGGUGUGAAACAUGAGCCCAUUGAAGCAAGUCGUCCCGUUGCAGACCAUGAAGCAGCGAAAAGCUCGAGUCAUGAGGGGAGUGAAAUUGAAGUGGUGGAUGGCUGCGCAGCUCAGCAUCGCCCGGGCCAUCGAGACCAGGAGCCCACACCCGCUGGUGACAUGCAUGAGCAAUUUACGCCCGAUGACAUGCUACCGCUGAGUGUAUCAGACCUCGACCAGCCAUAUUUUCAGCCAAACGGAACUCUAUGCGAAAGAUUGGGAAUUGGGCAGGAUAUCCUCACUGCAGAUGUGGACGCAGCUGAAUACACCGAUUUCGCUGGAGGUAUCUUCAAUGGCUUCGACAGUAUCAAGAAGUGUCCAGUUCUACUUUUGACCUAUGAAUCGACACUCAGCAUACCAAAAUUGCUGCGUUUCCAGAGGGAAGUAUUGAAGCAAGAGCGACAGGCACAUGCCAAGCUGGAGUCCCUUUCAGAUUAUGAAAUUGCUCUCGCCAAUGAGAUACGAAAUCACAAGUCUCUCCUUGCUCAAUAUACCGAAGACGAUAAAUCUACUGCAGGUACUGCAGAAGAGCCCGACCGCACAGAAAAUCUACAGCAAGAGCUGGAUAACCUGGAACGUCUGUUGAAGGGUGCGGAGAAUAGGAGAGGUACCAUUGAAGCCAACUUGAGAAGGCGUCGGAAUCUUCUGCAAGUGUAUCAAACGGACGUCAACCAAUUCCUGGAGGUAGCUUUUCUCGGCGCUCAGGCCAUUGAAGCGGAAAGCGACGAGGACGAGGAGGUCGCCGAAGUCCCCGAGAUCAGCGUGAAGGAGGAAUACCAGAAGCUACUGGCGCAGAUGCAGGAGAUCAAUGGAACGCAAGUGACGGAGGCACCGGUGACACUAACGCCCCACACAACUACCGAUAUCUUUGCGGACACACAGACCAACAAGCGGAGUCCAGAGCAGCAAGCUCGCACAGAGGCUAGCAAGGCGUUAUGGGAAGCCCGUGAAGACCUUCAAUACGCGCGUGUUCAAUUCGAGCAGCGAAACGAGACCCGCCAAAGAGAGCUCAAUGACACCAUAGCACUAGAACUCCGCGGAGAGCCCGUUCCGUUCAAUUCGGUGGAAGAAUUUGACCUCCAUUGGAUCCAACGCUUCCGAGAAAUCACUCAAGAACUACAAGCUGCGGAGGAAGGCCUGUCUCGAGCACAGGCUGCUGCGAAGACCGCGGGCCCGGCAUUGGAGUACGAGAAUCAAUCAUCGUGCUUCCCAGAUGAUCCAGCCGAUGGAAAUGCUGAACUGAUGAGCAACGAGAAUGACAGUCCAGAGGUGUUUGCCGGAGAUCCGAGAAUGAUUGCUUGGAUGGAUAGUCUCGCUCAUAGUGGAGAUCCAGACUUUUGUGAACCGAAUGAGGUGGAUAAAUGGGGUAGCGGGGAGGAGGUUGACUGGUGUGAUAGUGCAAGUGCGGUGGCUUGUGGAUCGGAGCGUAAGCGGAUUGACGCCUGGAAGCGUUCUAAUAGUAUCCUAUAA